ACUUCGGCGCUGACGUGGCGGGAGCGAGGACGGGGUUUGGGGCUCCUCGGGUUUGGGGGUCACGAUGCGGCGCGCGGGCCUCGGCGAAGGUGGGCCACCUGCUGGGCACCACGGCUAUGCCAACAGUGGCUACAGCUCCUUGGAAGAGGAGAACGCCCGCCUGACGGAGAGCCUGCGCACCAAGGUGACCGCCAUCAAGUCGCUUUCCAUCGAAAUCGGGCACGAAGUGAAGCAUCAGAACAAGAUGUUGGCAGAAAUGGACUCAGAGUUCGAUUCGACCACCGGCUUUCUGAGCAAGACCAUGGGGAGGCUGAAGGUCCUGUCCCGAGGGAGCCAGGCUAAGCUCCUGGCCUACAUGGCCCUUUUCUCCUGCUUCGUCUUCUUUGUCAUUUAUUGGAUCAUUAAACUGAGAACCCAAAGCAGAUUUGCCAGCCGAGGAAGUGUGAUGAUGAAUUUCUCAGGCUAUGACUUCCGCCUCCUGUGGCCGAGUUGUGGGGCGAAAGAUGAUUCCUUGGAUCCCGGUGGGUCGAGGUCGCUGCCUGGCUUUCGGGCUGCUCUUCUGGUUUGGGCAUCUCAGCCGCGGCUCGGCCCCAGCUCUGGUCCCCUUGGAUCGCUGCUGUUUCCUCAUGGAGAUGAGGGCGUGGCAGAAGAGCCCUGGGGAGAAUCGCGCACCCAACUUCCAGGAACUGUCUUCUUUGGACAAUCUAAAAAUAAAUUUGCUUUAAAAGCAACAAAAGCUUGUUGGUACCUGGUUGUCAAAUUGCUUUAGAAUGAAAACACCUGUAAUUUAAUUCUUGUGUAACUGGGUUAGAAAUAAAGGUCUGUCAGCAUC